CGGCUUGGUGGCGGCGGCGCGGCGGCUGGACGAGUCGCUGUCCGCUGGGAGCGUCCAGCGCGCGCGCUGCGCCUCCAGGUGCCUCAGCCUGCAGAUCACGCGCAUCUCCGCCUUCUUCCACCACUUCCAGAACAAUGGUUCCCUGGUUUGGUGCCAGAAUCAUAAGCAGUGUUCUAAGUGCCUGGAGCCCUGCAAGGAACCAGGGGACUUGAGGAAACACCAGUGUCAAAGCUUCUGUGAACCUCUGUUCCCCAAGAAGAACUAUGAGUGCUUGACCAGCUGUGAGUUCCUGAAGUACAUCCUCCUGGUGAAACAAGGGGAUUGCCCGGCUCCCGAGAAAGCCAGUGGCUUCGCUGCCGCCUGCGUGGAGAGCUGUGAGGUUGACAAUGAGUGCUCCGGGGUGAAAAAGUGUUGCUCUAAUGGGUGUGGGUACACCUGCCAGGUGCCCAAGACUCUGUACAAAGGGGUCCCCUUGAAGCCCCGAAAAGAGUUAAGGUUCACUGAGCUCAAGUCUGGGCAGCUGGAGAUUAAGUGGUCCUCGAAGUUCAACAUUUCCAUUGAGCCAGUGAUCUAUGUGGUCCAAAGAAGGUGGAACUAUGGGAUCCAUCCCAGUGAAGACGACGCCACGCAGUGGCAGACAGUGGCCCAGACCACAGAUGAGCAGGUGCAGCUGAUGGACAUAAGACCUAGCCGGUGGUACCAGUUCCGGGUGGCUGCUGUCAACGUGCAUGGCACCCGAGGCUUCACAGCACCCAGCAAACACUUCCGCUCUUCCAAAGAUCCAUCCGCACCACCAGCCCCAGCCAAUGUUCGGCUUGCCAACUCCACCAUCAACAGUGAUGGAAGUGUGACCGUGACUAUUGUUUGGGACUUCCCCGAGGAGCCAGACAGCCCUGUGCACCACUACAAAGUAUUCUGGAGCUGGCCGGUCAGCAGCAAGUCCCUGGUCCCAACGAAAAAGAAGCGGAGAAAAACUACUGAUGGGCUUCAGAACUCUGUGACCCUGGAUCGACUUCAGCCAGACUGCGACUACACAGUAGAACUACAGGCCAUCGCCUACUGGGGACAGACCCGCCUCAAGAGUGCCAAAGUAUCACUGCACUUCACGUCCACACGCACUGGCAACAACAAAGAUCAGCUGGGGAAAACUAGGAAAGGCAUGGUCCCAGUGCAACCCCCUUUCCAAAGGAGACGCCCCGCUCGCCCGCUAGAGAUUGGAGCUCCGUUCUACCAAGACAACCAACUGCAAGUCAAGGUCUACUGGAAAAAGACUGAAGAUCCCAGUGUCAACCGAUAUCACGUGCAGUGGCUUCCGGAAGUGUGCACUCACAACAGGACAGCCGGAGCAGAGAUGUCCUCGGGCGUGACCCAUGAAAAUUAUAUAAUUCUUCAAGAUCUGUCAUUUUCCUGCAAAUAUAAGGUGACUGUCCAACCGAUAAGCCCAAAGGGUCUCUCAAAGGCAGAAGCCAUUUUUUUUACUACCCCGCCAUGCUCCACUUUGAAGGGAAAAACCCAGAAGCACAUCAGUUGCCCUGGGGAUACAGGUCACGUCCUCUCCAAAGUGCUGGCCAAGCCGGAGAACCUUUCUGCUGCAUUCCUCGUGCAAGACAUGAACAUCACCGGCCACUUUUCUUGGAAGAUGACCAAAGCCAACCUCUAUCAGCCCAUGACCGGGUUCCAAGUGACUUGGGCUGAAGUCACCACAGAGAGCAGACAGAACAGCUUGCCCAACAGCAUCAUCUCCCAGUCGCAGAUACUGCCCUCCGAUCACCACGUGCUCACCGUGCCCAACCUGAGGCCCUCCACCCUGUAUCGCCUGGAAGUCCAAGUGCUGACCACAGGCGGGGAGGGCCCGGCCACCAUCAGGACGUUCCGGACCCCUGACCUCCCUCCCUCUGCCAUGCACCGACCCCAUCCGAAACAUCAUCAUACACAUCAUUACAAGCCAUCUCCAGAAAGAUACUAAACCAGUCCCUGCCUGUCUCAACAUUGUCCGGAUGUGCACGCUUGUUGAACUUCAGCUUCAAGACAUGCGUCCCUCUACAACGGUAGGGACUUCUCAGACACUUAGCACAGUAAGCAUUUCUGCCAAUCACAGAUGCAUCUGGGAAUGUUUGAUAAGUCACCACCCAGUACAGAUGGACACCAGUUCCCUAACAAAGAGGAGAAGAAUGAAGAAGAUGCUGUGAACUCUGAAUUUCCUUUCUGUCUGUGGUUUUGCUAAUUUCUUUGGAAUUACUGCAGAACUGAGAUUUCCUUGAAUUUGGAGCAGCAAGGUCUUACAACAGAGUAGUGUAACAAAUACAGAGUUUAUAUGCAUACUAAAUAUACGUUUAAUCAAUAAAACAUAUUUUUAUUAAA